AUGAGUGGGUUAUUGAUCUUGAGUUCCCUAGCCAGGCGCUCGUCGCGCGCGCGCGCCUUGAAGCAUAAUGUUCUCGAGGUCGGGAACAUUCUGCAGUUUGGCGACGAGUGUCGGAAACAAAUCAAGGACUGCGGCGCGACGAUCCACUACAUGCCAUUUGAGAACCCGACCAACUUCGAUGGAUGGGUUGUUUGCAAGCCCUGCCCUAUUCAUGGCCGAACCGGCUCGGAGGCGGAUUAUAGCAGUUACCCGGUCGUUGACAUGGAUUUGGAGGGAAAUCUCGCCAUCAUCCAGAGGGGUCUGGACCAUGGUCCGCAAGAAGAGGACAUGGAGGCGUCGGGUCUUGACGUUGAUAUAUCGCAGCUCACUCUGGAGGGGGAGAAAGGUGAUUCCACUGACCCUAUCAAGGUGGACGUGCACUCGAGAGAGGGACGCAUUCGAUUCAAUCAUGGUGGCGAAACAUUCAAGAAAAAACCGGAAUCAUGGAGUGUGUUUACCAAUGACGAUGGCGAAGUGCAUCACAUCUUCGAGAGAAGGGGAAAAAUCAGCAGCGGUCACUCGACCCAUCGCCACAAUCCGCCUGAACCAGCCUCACGAUGCGGCCAGUCAGCCACCAGCAGCGCCUGUGGUACUACAGACGACCACAACGAGAGCGAUGGGGAACAAACAACUUCCUUCCCCGCACUAGAUGCUCUGGUUUCGCUUGGUCACAUUGGUUGCUAG